AUGAGCAGAAAGAGGCUGCAGCAGCUGACGGACUCGCUGGUGCGGUCCGCCAGGCACUUUAACAGAAAGGAGGUGGAAUGUCUCAUCAAGCUCUUCCACACUCUGGCGACCGAGUCGAGGGAUCGGUUUGCUGCAGUUGGCUUAGAUCGUAACAUGUUCAGAAACAUUCUGCAUUGCACGUUUGGAAUGACCGAUGACAUGAUUAUGGACAGAGUAUUCCGUGCUUUUGAUAAAGACAACGACAGCUGCGUCAGUGUGGUAGAAUGGGUGGAAGGCUUGUCAAUAUUUCUUCGGGGGACAUUAGAAGAAAAGAUUAAAUAUUGCUUUGAAGUUUAUGAUCUGAAUGGCGAUGGAUACAUUUCACGAGAGGAAAUGUUUCAUAUGCUGAAAAAUAGCCUGCUCAAACAACCAUCAGAAGAAGAUCCUGAUGAGGGAGUUAAGGACUUAGUGGAAAUAACACUGAAGAAAAUGGACUAUGAUCAUGAUGGCAAGCUUUCUUUUUUGGACUUUGAAAAAGCUGUCAGAGAUGAAAGUCUUCUCUUAGAAGCCUUUGGACCAUGUUUGCCAGAUAUAAAGAGCAGUAUGGCAUUUGAACUGAAAACUUUCCAGGAAACUAAUGAACUGUAGCUCCAGUUGAUGAAAUACUGUUGUAAGAAUUCUUUUUCUUAAUGAUUCUUCCUGACAUGGUAAAAGCAGGAAUAACUCAAAACUUACUAAAUUUUAAUAUUUCUUUACUGUAAAAGCUACUGAAUAAACAGAGGUUGAUUACA